UGGAAAGCAACAGAGCUGUUCUGUGGAGGAGCUCGAGAUCCCGGGGCAGAGUCCAGGGCGGCUCCAGGAUCCUUCACACAUGCCCGCUGAACCCUGAGUGCCCUGAGUCGCAGGGAUGGGGCGGGCAGCGGCUGCCGCCAUGAUCCAGGGCCUGGUCCUGCUCUGGGCAGCGGUGCUGGGGGGUGCCACCCCCACCUCCCCUCGCCUUCGACUCUCCUUCUCAGAGCUGCAGGCCCGGCAUGGGCUUCGGACCUUCAGGCUGGAGCGGACCUGCUGCUAUGACACUUUGCUGGUGGACGAAGAGCGUGGACGCCUGUUCGUGGGCGCUGAGAACCAUGUGGCCUCCCUCAACCUGGACAAUAUCAGCAGGCGGGCCAAAAAGCUGGCCUGGCCGGCCCCAGUGGAUUGGAGAGAGGAGUGCAACUGGGCGGGCAAAGACAUCGGGACAGAAUGCAUGAACUUCGUGAAGCUGUUGCACUCCUACAACCGCACCCACCUGCUGGCUUGUGGCACAGGGGCCUUUCACCCCACCUGCGCCUUCAUAGAGGUGGGCCACCGGCUGGAGGAACCUGUGCUGCGGCUGGACCUCCGAAGGCAGGAGGAUGGCAAGGGAAGGAGUCCUUAUGAUCCCAGCCAUCGCGCUGCCUCCGUGCUGGUGGGGGAGGAGCUGUACUCAGGGGUAGCAGCGGAUCUCAUGGGCCGGGACUUCACCAUCUUCCGCAGCUUGGGCCGCCGCCCUAGUCUCCGAACAGAACCACAUGAUUCUCGCUGGCUGAAUGAGCCCAAAUUCAUCAAGGUGUUUUGGAUCCCCGAGAAUGAGAACCCCGAUGAUGACAAAAUCUACUUCUUCUUCCGGGAGCUGGCAGUAGAAGCCUCGCCAGCUCUGGGACACCAGUCUGUGUCUCGCGUGGGCCAGAUCUGCCGGAAUGACGUGGGCGGCCAACGAAGCCUGGUCAACAAAUGGACCACGUUCUUGAAGGCACGACUGGUCUGCUCGGUGCCGGGCAUGGAAGGGGACACACACUUCGACCAGCUGCAGGACUUAUUCCUUUUGGCUUCCCGAGACCGCUGGACCCCACUGCUUUAUGCUGUGUUCACCACCUCCAGUGACAUCUUCCAGGGCUCAGCAGUGUGUGUAUACAGCAUGAAUGAUGUGCGACGAGCCUUCCUCGGACCCUUUGCACACAAAGAGGGACCCUUGCACCAGUGGGUAGCCUAUCAGGGCCGAGUUCCCUAUCCCAGGCCUGGUAUGUGCCCCAGCAAGACUUUUGGCACCUUCAGUUCCACCAAGGACUUUCCCGACGACGUCAUCCAGUUUGCCCGUAACCACCCCCUUAUGUAUAACUCAGUCCUGCCCAUGGGGGGGCGACCUCUUUUCCUACAAGUGGGUGCCGGCUACACCUUCACCCAGAUCGCCGCGGAUCAUGUAGUAGCUGCUGAUGGACACUACGAUGUCCUCUUCAUCGGCACAGAUGUGGGCACUGUGCUGAAGGUGAUCUCUGUACCCAAGGGCGGGGUACCCAAUGCUGAGGGGCUACUUCUGGAGGAACUACAGGUGUUUGAGGAUUCAUCUGCUGUCACCAGUAUGCAAAUUUCCUCCAAAAGGCACCAGCUCUACGUAGCCUCGAGGAGUGGGGUGGCCCAGAUUCCGCUGCACAGGUGUGCUGCCCACGGUCGAGCCUGCGCAGAAUGCUGCCUGGCACGGGACCCCUACUGCGCCUGGGAUGGGGCCACAUGCACACGGUUCCAGUCCAGCUCCAAGAGGAGAUUCCGGAGACAAGAUGUCAGGAACGGAGACCCCAGCGCACUGUGCUCCGGAGACACAUCCCAUCCUGUGCUGCUGGAGCAGAAGGUGUUUGGUGUGGAGGGAGGCAGUGUUUUCCUGGAAUGUGAGCCUCGAUCACUACAAGCUCACCUAGAUUGGACUUUCCAGCGUGCAGGGGAGCAAGCCAGCACCCAGGUGCCGGCGACGGAGCGGGCCGAGCGCACCCGGGCCGGGCUGCUCUUGCGGGGGCUUCGGCGCAGGGACGCGGGCCUUUACCUGUGCACCGCGGUGGAGCAGGGCUUCUCGCAGCCGAUGCGCCGCCUGGCACUGCAUGUGCUGAGCGUGGCACAGGCUGAGCGCCUGGCCAGGACAGAGGAUGCAGCCCCGGGGGCCCCACCGCCCGGCCCCAAGCUCUGGUACCGGGACUUUCUGCAACUGGUGGAACCGGGCGGCGGGGGCUCGAACUCCCUGAGGAUGUGCCGGCCUCCCCCUGCACCCCAAACCCCGCCCGAGUCACCCCCCGAGUUGCCCCGGAGGAAGGGGCGCAACCGGAGGACACAUGCCCAGGAGCCGCCAAGGGCAGAGCGGGGCCCUCGAAGCGCUGCACACUGGUGACUUGGUGACCUGGCCAUCCCCGAGCCAGGGACCUAACAGGAGACGAGGCCUGGGAGAAGGGACAGAUGGACUCUGGCCUGGGAGAAGGGAUGGACAGACCUUGGCCUGGGAGAAGGGACUGGCAGAUCCUGGGAGACUGACAGCCAGGCCCACUAUGGUCCCUGGCCAUAGUGACACCGACAACCACGACACCACGACAGGCCCUGGCCGAGGGGCAGCCGCUGCUCUGGCUUAUUUAUUAACAAAGGAUCAAUAAUUACCCUUGAUUGUGGCCCCAAGAGGGGCGGCCCAAGCCAGGCACAGGGUCCCAAGCUCGAUCGUUCGCUCCCUCGUUGCCAGGGACAGGGCAGAGGAUCAGAGCCUUCCCGGGAAUGACCAGGGAAGGAAAGGAGGUGCCCCUGGCGCCUCUGGAAGGAAGAAGCCCAGAAGAACUUGGCAAAGAGCAGAAGCUGUGAAGAGGCUGGGCCAUGGGGUGGUUGGGGUGGACCGACUGUACUAACACAAUAAACUCUUCCCUGCGCCGCAAUGGCCCAAGCAGAGAACUGCUGCCUUGUGGUCUUGCCAUGUGGCCCCGGGGUGCCUUCCUAGCACUCUCGGGACCUCGGUUUCUUGUGUCUGGGAUGCUGCGGAUGAGA